AUGCUAGUACGAAUACCGAUACUAGUCGAAUACCAAUAUCAGACAAAUACCAAGAUCAGGACAAAUGCAAAUACCAGCACAAUUGCAAAUACCAAUACCAGUACCAAUACCAACACCAGUACCAAUACCAACACCAGUACCAAUACCAACACCAGUACCAAUACCAACACCAGUACCAAUACCAACACCAGUACCAAUACCAACACCAGUACCAAUACCAACACCAGUACCAAUACCAACACACCACACACUCACCAACGCCCUUGA